CUUCAAGCCCCAGAAUUUGGCCUUAUUCAAGAGCGUAUAUGCGACAGUCUUUUUGCGCUCGUCAUCCAAGCGAUUCUGUGGAACAAAACAAAAGGCACUGCGGCCCGACCUAUCCUAUGGAAAGUCUUAUGCACAUACCCAACUCCAGAGCUGCUCGCUUCUGCCGACCCCACUGCAGUGCAGGAACUCAUUCGCAUACUCGGGCUACAAGAGCGAAGAGCACAAUGUCUAGUCAAGCUGGCCCAGGUUUGGGUAGCUGCUCCGCCGUCAGCUGAUCGGCGAUAUGGACGUCGCGAUUAUCCAAAGGGAGAGGGCAGAGAUGUGAAAAAUCGUGAGCUGCUAGGCCCCGACGAUGAGCGAGAAGGCUGGGAAAUCGGGCAUCUGCCAGGUAUUGGAGAGUAUGCGCUUGAUUCGUAUCGCAUAUUCGGACGUGAUCGAUUGCGCGGGCUUCAAGAUGCGGAAGGAGUAGAGCCUGAGUGGAAGCGCGUCAUUCCUAACGACAAAGAACUUGCUCCGUAUGUUAAGUUCAAGUGGGCGCAAGAAGGG